AUGGAGGUGGGUGGCACCCGCACAAUGGGCGAGGAGCAUGCAGGUCUUAGUGGUUGUGAGAUACAGCUUCUUCAUUAUGUGAAAAAUGUAUUUUUUGAAGACACUACAGGUGAAAAGGUAUAUUUUGAUGCAAAUGGGGACUGUCCGGCAAUAUAUGACAUAUUAAACUGGCAGGUAUCAGCAGAUGGAAGAACAUCCAAGUAUGUACAUAUUGGAUACUUUGACUCUCGUGCUUCCUCAGGGCAAGACCUGUUUGUUAACAAUAGUCUUAUUGUGUGGAAUGGUGGUAAUUCUCAGAUUCCCCUGUCUGUAUGCAGUGAGUCCUGUCAUUCUGGAUUUAGGAAGGCUGCUCGCAAGGGACAGCCUCUCUGCUGUUUUGACUGUAUUUCAUGCCCUAAAGGAGAGAUAUCUAACCAGACUGAUGCAAAUAACUGCUUCAGAUGUCCAGAGGAUCAGUGGCCUAAUGAUGAACAGCAUAUGUGCAUCCAGAAGUCUAUGGAUUAUCUGUCUUAUGAAGAAGCUCUGGGAACAAGUCGGACUAGUUGCACAGUUUUCUUCUCUUUAUUUACUAAAUCUAUAUUCUGUACUUUCAUUAAGUAUCAGGACACUCCAGUUGUGAAAGCCAACAACCGUGAACUCAGCUACAUCAUCCUUAGUUCCCUAUUCCUUUGUUUUCUUUCCCGCUUGCUGUUCAUUGGACAGCCCCAGAAAGUCAUAAGUUUGCUUCAUCAGACUAGUUUUGGAAUAAUAUUCUCUUUAUAUGUUUCUGGAAUACUGGCCAAAACUAUUACUGUUGCCAUUGCUUUUAAAGCCACAACACCUGACAGCAUUUUACGACAUUACAUUGGACCCAAAACUCCCUACUGCAUUGCAUUCCUUGGCACCAUGCAUCAAGCUGUAUUGUCUAUUAUUUGGCUGGUGAAAUUUGCCCCAUAUCCUGAAAUGAAUAUGAAGACUGAAGAAGGCAAAAUUGUACUGGAGUGCAAAGUGAGUUCAGUGAUUAUGUUCUACUUUAUGCUUGGAUACAUGGGUCUCUUGGCCAGUGUCAGAUUUGUUAUGGCAUUUCUUGCAAGAAAAUUGCCAGACCGUUUUAAUGAGGCUAAAUUCAUUAGUUUCAGCAUGAUUGUGUUUGUUAGUGUCUGGCUCUCUUUCAUACCAGCAUACCUCAGCAUAAAUGGAAAGUAUAUGGUGGCUGUGGAGAUAUUUGCUAUCUUAACACCUGGUGCAUGUAUAAUUAUUUGCAUAUUUUGCCCAAAAUGCUAUGUUAUUAUUCUGAGGCCCCACAGAAACACAAGGGGGAUCUUGCAGCAAAUAUGA